CAGUUCCGGUUUCAUUUGGAAACGGGCAGGCAGGCGGGCAGCACGAGACGUUUGAACUUGUGUGGUGUGUAAAUAUAAACACAAGCCCGUUCACUCCGUACCGCGCAUUACACGAUACGCGGUGCAACUUGCAACUGCACGCAAACCUGCUUGCGCUAAGUUGUCCGCAACUGCUUCACACGCAGAGGUCAAAAGAACGCGAGCCUCGGUUUAUCUCCAUCACCACGUGAAGUGAUUCAACACGCUUUCCCACAGUCUCGCAAGCAAUGCCCAACGACGAUACAACAUCUGAUGACAUGCCAAACGGCGCUGGUGCAGCAGCGAAACGGUGGCUGCCAGCGAGCCUGAUCGAUGGCCACGGGCUGGACGACGGGCUCGGGAUUGUGCUGCUGAAUCGACCGAUCCUGCUGGAGAAACACUACUUCACAACGCUAUGGAAUGGUGCAAAGGUGCGCGUAGCCGUCGACGGUGGAACGAACCGCUGGGUCGACUGGGUGAAGGGCAACAUCAACAGCGAACACCUGCUCAAACCGCCCGAUCUCGUGACCGGUGAUUUCGACUCGUGCAACCAGGAGGCCAUGGAGUACGUCGAGCAGCUGAAAUGCACGAAGGGUUUGUUGUAUCUCCCGACCCGACAGAUCGUUCACACGCCCGAUCAAAAUGCGACCGAUUUCACCAAAUCGCUGAAGGUGCUGAAAUCGCACGGCCACGACAAGCAGCUGUCGCGCGUGCUGGCCCUCUGCGAAUCGUCCGGCCGGCUCGACCAGAUAAUGGCCAACAUCAACACGCUCUACCUGGCGGACGCCAUUCUGCCCGGCGUGGACGUGUUUCUGCGAUCGAGCAAUUCACUGUCCUGGUUGGUGCGGCCGGGCGAGCACACCAUCGACAUUCCGCAGCGACUCGUGAGCGAGCGGAUCUGGUGUUCGCUCGUCCCGAUCGGCCAGGGCUGCCAGUGUACGACCGACGGGCUGCGGUGGAAUCUGGACGGCAGCAGACCGCUUCAGUUCGGCAGUAUUGUAAGUACCUCCAACACGUACGCGACCAACCGGGUGCGCAUCACGACCGACGGGCCGCUGCUGUGGUCCAUGGGAACAACGCCGAAAGAUAUGUGAUAGUAGGGGGGGGGGAUGAUUUAACCGUGUGACCUGCUGUGGAAAGCUUCAGAAUAAGUGUGGCAAAGCCAGCAACUAUAUUGCAUCGCUUCCUUGGAUUGGAAUCUAAACGUCUGCCCGGCACGUGCACGGGAGUAAAUGAAUGCAGUUGCGUCCUUUUGGUAUCGUUAAACGUUCCCUGUUAAACCGAAAGGAUGGUUUUAAAAGCUUGCAUUUUAGUGACCCUUUGUUUGUGUCCCAAAACAACAAAUUCAAAAUAGCUGAUUGUAUCCGCGGGACAUGUAUUAAAGCCCUGUACAAUGUUGUAAAUUUGAUAAAAAGCGUGACAAAACUGCCACAUGUUGCAAA